AUGAUAGUAGUUGUAGUUUUGGUCGUCGUCGUUGUUGUGGUAGUUGUAGUUGUAGUAGUGGGGGAUGUGGUUGUUGUGGUAGUGGGUGUUGUAGUAGUAGUUGUUGUUGGAGUUGUGGUAGUUGUUGGAGUUGUGGUAGUUGUUGGAGUUGUGGUUGUAGUCGUGGUUGGAGUAGUUGUAGUUGUUGUCGUUGGUGUUGUUGUAGUUGUUGUUGUUGGUGUUGUUGUGGUCGUUGUUGUGGUCGUAGUGGUUGUUGGAGUAGUUGUAGUUGUAGGAGUUGUGGUUGUGGUAGGAGUUGUAGUAGUUGUUGUAGUAGUUGUAGUUGUCGGAGUUGUUGUAGUUGUAGUCGUUGAUGUUGUGGGCGUUGUUGUCGUAGUCGUGGUAGGUGUUGUUGUAGUUGUAGUGGAAGUAGUUGUAGUUGUCGGAGUUGUUGUGGUUGUUGUGCUGGAUCCACUGGUAGUUGUGGUGAUAGGGCUUAAAGUAGUACUAGUCACAGUAACUGACCCAGAUGAAGAAGUAGCCGCACAGGCAUCCACUUGA